AGAUUUGGCUCAAGCUCAUUCAAUCUUUGUUGAUAUGUGCGAGCAUGAUGGCGAGCCCUUCCAUGAAAGCCUUUCCGUUGCCUUCAAGAGCGCCCUCACCAAGUUUGACAGUUUGAGUGCUUACUUCGCUGGCGGCGUGAGUGUUCAGGAGGUGAUUGCAAUGCUUUUGGAUGAAAUGCGCCAGGAUCAAGACUUUGCACAUUUGCUGGGCAAUGAUUUACGCCACAAAGAGUUCGUCAAGUUUGUGUCGCAGAGUAUUGGCAAGAUCUAUGGUGCAUGGAAAAGGGGCACCCUCAGUGACAAACCAGUCGACAAACCAAGCAACAAGCCUGCAGAUGUGGACAACGUUCUUUCUUGGCCAAGUAUCGAGAAUUAUCCCGAGUGGGUCUUUGAGCAAAUCAACAUCUACUGCUCGGCCACGCCCGAGGAGAAGGCCUUCGCACGAAUGGAGCUGGAGCAAACCUUGCUUGAGACACCGUUGUGGUCAGUGUCCACCAAAUAUGACGGCACUUGCUUUGGCAAGCUAGAUACCGGUGAGUUUGUUGGCCGCCGACAUUUUGUGGGGCAGUCUGACACUUACCUAAACACCAGCACAGCUGCUGCGAAUGAAUGCGAUGCAAGCGCCUUAAAGGAAGAACUUUCUCGAAUACUCGGGGUUGAAUUGGAAAGGCGCUCCGUUUGUGUGUGGGGAGAACUCAUGUGCAAUCCAGGCUACUAUGAUUACCUCGCCCGUGGCCUGUUUGAACAAUGGCUUCCCUUUGGCGUGGUCCUGAAAGUGCCGAAAGCUUCAGAGGCGGACAAGAUCAUCCAGCGCUUGCAGGACGAAGGUUUGGCAUACAGCCCUGGAUUGAAUGGAAAGUUUCGGCUCUCCAUGUGCGCUGCUCUGAGGCGCUUGCUUCAAGAUGUUGCACGGUGUCACGUUGUGGAAGAGGUUUUGCAGCAGGCCACGCACGCAGAAGUGGUGGCGCAAGGUGCUAAGGAUUUGAUGGAAGGCCGCAAUGAAGGCGUCGUUUUGGCGUUUCGCCGUGUUCAGGGCCAAGCAUCACUCAGAAAAUGGAAGAACUCUUCUGAGGGGCAGGGCGCAAGCAAAAAGCAUGCGCAGAGGCUGCAACAGCUCAAUGUCAUAAGUUUGGCCAAGGAUGGUCACUUGGAUGUGCGGAUCGCAGACAUGGUGGAUAUGAUGAUUGCGGUUGCCGAAGCUGGGACUCAGCCAAUGAAGACUGGGAGAAAGGCUUUGAAGAAAUAGACAAGGAUGCCAUACCAGCCACACAGUCCCCCGACAUAUACAUUGACUUUGUACAGUGUACAGUAUUGUAUUGGAAUUGUGUGUUGCAGAUUGCACUUUGCCGCUCAAUGCGCCGUGCAAAUGGGAAUGUCGUGCGAACAGCAUAAUUUAUUUUGUGCAACUUUACCUCCAGCGUUCUGGCUUUCAUAAAGUCUUGAUGUGAGCGUCCCCCUCAACCAGAGCCUCGCCUUGAACUCAUGCAGUUGGUCAAAGGCCUAAAGGACGAGUAUAUUCAUUGUGGG